AUGGAGAAUACGAGCACCGUCGCCGGUGAUCCCCUGAGCACCAAAAGCACCGUUCUAGAUUCCGCGGCAAACCUCACUCAGAGCAAAGGCCCGGUCAACAGCAUCUGCGCUCACCUCAAUGCUUUCCACGUCUACGCGGAUGAUACCGGGCGGUUUGUUGAGGCCAACCAUUAUUGUAGUCACUUGAAUGAAGAUGUUCGUCAAUGCAUUCUCUACGACAGCCCGGAGCCAAAUGCUCGACUCAUCGGCAUUGAGUACAUGAUCUCUCCCAAGCUAUACCAAACCCUCGACCCGGAUGAGCGAAAGCUGUGGCACAGCCACAUCUAUGAAGUCAAGUCCGGGAUGCUCAUCAUGCCCCGGCCACGGGGCAUGCCGGAAAUCGCGUGGGAAACCGCCGAAACCAAAGAGAUGGAGGACGUGAUCGUGCUCUACGGGAAAAUCUACCAUCUCUGGCAGACCGACCGCGGAGACCAGCUGCCGCUCGGUCCCCCGAAGCUGAUGACGAGCUUCACGGGGCCGGAUCAGUUUGACUUCGACAAGAAUGUAGGGGAGAGGGAUCAGAGGUUUGGGUCGGACUAUCGGAAGCAGAAACAGGCGAGAGAAUACAUUCCAGAGCCGGAAAUCCACCCAGACGCGGAUCAAGCGUGGAAGAAGUAA